GCUCCUAGCAGUCUCAUGGAGACCCUUGAGCAACAUCUAAACUCCCUGGAAGGAAAAAAACCUGGAAACAAUGAAGGAUCUGGGGCUCCUUCUCCUCUAAGCAAGUCUUCUCCAGCAACAACUGUUACAUCUCCUAGUUCUACUCCAGCGAAAACUAUUGAUACAUCUCCUCCAGUUGAUCUUUUUGCAACUUCAUCUACAGCUGCUCCAGUCAGCUCUUCCAAACCAUCCAGUGAUCUUCUGGACCUUCAGCCAGAUUUUGCUGCUACUGGGCAGGCAGCUCCAGCAGCCCCUGCUGGAGCCACUUCAUGGGGAGACCUCUUGGGAGAAGAUAAUCUGGCUGCACUUUCCGGUGUUACCUCUGAGCCACAGAUUUCAGAUCCAUUUGCCCCAGAGCCUAGUGCAACUACUGCUGCAACUACUGAUACUACAACUACUUCAGCUCCUGCUGCUACAACUACAACUAUUACUGCUGCCACUGCUGAAGUGGAUCUCUUUGGAGAUGCCUUUGCAGCUUCUCCUGGAGAAGCCCCUGCAGCAGCUGAAGGGGCAGCAGCACCAGCUACCCCAACCCCUGUAGCAGCAGCUCUUGAUGCAUGUUCAGGAAAUGACCCCUUUGCCCCAACCGAAGGUAGUGCAGAGGCUGCUCCUGAGCUGGACCUCUUUGCUAUGAAGCCAACAGAGACUGCUGUUCCUGUAGUUACCCCUACAACUAGUGCAGCCACUCCAGUUCCUGCAACAACUCCUUCUCCAGCUGCUGCUGUUGCUGCUGCUGCUACUGCUACUACGGCUACUGCCACUACCACUACUGCCACCACUUCUGCUACCGCCACCACCUCCGCUCCUCCUGCUCUAGAUAUCUUUGGUGAUUUAUUUGAGUCUGUUCCUGAUGUACCUGCAGCACCUAAACCAGAUGCUACUCCUAGCAUAGAUCUCUUUGGUACAGAUGCUUUUUCAUCACCGCCGCAUGGAGCUUCUCCUGUGCCUGAGAGUUCUCUUACUGCUGAUCUCUUAUCUGUGGAUGCAUUUGCAGCCCCCUCUCCUCUACCCACUGCCUCUCCAGCAAAGGUGGAUUCUUCAGGUGUGAUUGACCUAUUUGGUGAUGCUUUUGGAAGUAGUGCUUCUGAACCCCCGCCCACAACCCCGGCUGCUUCUAGUUCCUCAGCUUCUGCAGACCUACUUGCUGGCUUUGGAGGUUCUUUCAUUGCUCCUUCUCCAUCACCAUCCCCAGUCACUCCAGCUCAAACCAGCUUACUACAGCCUAACUUUGAUGCAGCUUUUGGGACAACAGCUCCAACGACUGGCAGUUCAUUUGAUGCAUCAGUGUUUGAUGGCUUAGGUGAUCUUCUUAUGCCAACUAUGGUUCCUUCUGGUCAGUCUAUAACACCUUCAGCCACAGCAACAGUCACUGCUUCAGCAGCAAGCAAAGGCCUUGGAAGCGAUCUUGAUUCGUCUCUUGCAAACCUAGUAGGCAAUCUUGGAAUUUCUGGUACCACUUCAAAAAAGGGAGACCUUCAGUGGAAUGCUGGAGAGAAAAAGUUAACGGGAGGAGCCAACUGGCAGCCAAAAGUAGCACCUGCAACAUGGUCAACUGGUGGUGUCCCAAGUGGUCCAUUGACAGGAGCUGUGCCUCCAGCAAGUGCUGUUCCUGCCACAGGAGGUGCUCCACCUGUCCCACAGCCAGGAGCAGCGUUUGGGAUGCCCCCAGCAGGCACAGGCGUACCCAUGAUGCCCCAGCAGCCAGUUAUGUAUGGGCAACCUAUGAUGAGGCCACCAUUUGGAGCUGCCACUGGCCCUGGUGUACAGCUUUCUCCAAGCCCAACUCCUGCUACUCAGAGUCCCAAGAAACCUCCAACAAAGGACCCGUUAGCGGAUCUUAACAUCAAGGAUUUCUUGUAAACGAUAAGCUGCAGUUUUUCUGACUGGAUGAUAAAAACGUGAGCCUGGAGUCUACAAACAGAUGCUCAGAGUUUCAAAGUGAGCCACCAGUACCAAACCCGGCGCUUACUCAGACUUUCUCUUCCUCCUGAAACGUGUAGCACAGCUGUGAAAGUGAACAUUAGGAAUGUGUACUACCUUAGCUGUUAUCCCUACUCUCUCGAAAUUUGUGUACUUGGGUUAUUUGUGUUUUACGAUUUAAACAAUGGAUGUAUGUUUCUGAUGCCUUCUAGUGCUUUUCUGAACCUAUCCCACAGGGGCAGAUUAUGCAGCUGUUGUUUGGUGAGCCAUUUGGAGCGAUGUCUGUGGUUUUUGAAGGUUUCAAUGUAUAUAACUUUUUGAGGACACCUGGAAGUUCCCUAGGACUCAAUUUCUCCUUUAUCUGUUACGAAACAUAGUGUGAUAAUACCAGAUAGUAAGGAAAAUACUUAUGAAAUUGUGUGGAAUACAAUUUUUUUUUUUUCGGUCACAGGAAUCUCAAUUGUCGUGAAAAAUGUUUUAUUUUUGUGGCACUGUAUAUGUUAAGAUAAUUUAAAGUAAUAUAGAGGUAAACUUCCAUAACAAAUACUUUUUUUGAUGAUUUACCAAGAAUGAAAAAUCAUAUCUGAAAGAAUACCAUAUUUAUUGCUGUUUUUUUAAGAUCUAUUUUAAUUAUUUAAGUUUUUGCAUAUAAAAUUGGCAUAUUUAUCAGUUCUUGCUAAAUGCACUGAAAAUAAGUAAAGGGUCAGUUUCUCUCCAUGUAGAUGGAAACAGCAACCAUAGUUGUGCUGGCAUUAAGGGAUUUCAAAUAUGAGAGCACUCUUUGGUAUAUCUGUAGUCAAAACAUUACAAGUGGUGUUACUCAUCUCUGUUCGGUUCUUACGUACAUCUCUUAAUUUAGUGCUUACCUGUGUAUGCCUUAGGCUAGUGUUUUCUCCAUUGCCCCGAAUGCGCUGUGAGUAGCUUUUGUACUAUUGGUGAUUAGAUUUAAUUCUGAUCCAGAGUUCCAUGCCCUUUACUGUACAUACUGUGUUUCUUUAAUUUUUUGUUUGUUCUCAUACUGUUUCUGCUGACGGCUUGGCGUGAGAUCUUGGCUCUUCAAUGAGGUCACUGUUGAUCAGUGUUACAAGUGGCUUGGCAGUUCUCUGUAAAAGCAUAUCGGGUUGGAAAGAUAUUCACCUAAAGUCUUUCAAAUGAACUAUUUAAUCAAUGUAUGGUACCAUUACAAGUGGUUGUAUCUGAAUUUGCUGUAGGGAUAACAUACACCGUAAUGGGAAAGUUCUAUAAAAAGCUAAUUUCAAAGUGGCUCUUCUUUGUAUUUCAGUUAAAAAAAAAAAAAACCAAACAAAACAAAAAAAGAACAAAAAACCCCAGUGCAUGUGUGCCCUCUGAGAUGCAAUAAACACCUUGAUCAAAGUAAA